AUGAGAAGUGAAAGAAGGCAAAGAGGGGGAAGAGUUGAAAUGAUGGAACAGAGUAUUCAAACAGAACAAUCUCUCCCAGAAGAAGACAUUCAAAUAAAUCAAUUGAAGGAUGAAAUGUCUCAUUUACUCGAACAAAUUGGCCAAUUAAAAGAACAAAUAUCUCUUGAAGAAAUAAAUAAAGAGCAAAUAUUAUUAGAAAAGGAACAAGUUAUUGAGCAGUUGUCUAAUAAAGAAGAGGAAUUGAAUCAUUUAAGAAAAGAAUUAAAAGAAUGGAGGAAGUAUAUUGAAGAAGAAAAGGAGAAACGAUUUGAAGAACAGGAAAAAUUAAAAGAUCUUUUGAAAGAAAAGGAAGAAAAUAUUGAAGGAUUAAACCUUUUAUUGGAAUAUGAUAAAAGGGCUAAAAGUGAUUUUAAUGACGAAAUUAAAUUUUUAAAAGAAGAAUAUGAAAGCAAAUUGAAAGAAAUUGAAGAAAAAAAUUGUUUUGAAAAAGAGGAAAUUAAAAAGAGUGAAAUGGAUAAAAUUGAAUAUUUGGAGAUGGAAAAUAAAAGGCACUUAAAAGAUCUUUCAACUCUAACUUCAGACAAUUCUGAAUUAAAAUCUUUAUUGGAUUAUGAACAUUCGGAAUGCCAAAAAUAUUAUUUUAAAUUGGAAGAAUUUUCUAAAAAUUUGGAAUUGUCUUUAAAUGAAAAUAAAAAUAAAGAUAAAGAAUUGGAAAUUAAAAAUGGAAGAAUAAUAAAAUUGGAAAGUGAAUUAGGACGUUUAAAAGAACAUUUACUUGGAAUUGAGGAAAUUUCUUCUAAAGAAGCAAUAGCUGCUGAAGAACGUGAAACCGAAUUACGCCGUCAAUUGAGAGAAUUUCAAAAUAAAUAUGAAAAUGAUGAAUUUACAACGUCAAAAUGUUUACAAAAUUAUCAAAAUGAAUGUGAACAAUUAAAAAUAAAUUUACAAAAUUUAAAAAAAGAAAAGGAGGAUUUGACUUCAAAUUUAAAUGAAAAGGAAAGUUCGUUGGCUGAAACUAAAAAUGCUUUAAUUAAUUUACAAAUUGUUUUGAAGGAUCUUGCUGAUGAACAAAAAAGUGAAAAACUUCGGUUUGAAGGAGAAAUAAAAAUGUUGAGGGAUGAAUUAAAGAAAGAAAAGCAACAAAUCCAACAAUUUCAAAAUAAAGAAGAAUUAAUUCAAUUAACCCAAACAACAAAUUUGGAUAAAUUAAAUUAUUUGGAAUCUCAAUUAAAAAUUAAAAAUGAUUUGAUAGACGAAUUGGAAAAUUCUUUGGAAGAAUUUAGAAUAUUACAACAACAACAAGAAUUAAAUUUGGAAAACCCUAAAAUUUUUAAAAAUUCACAACAACUUCCAGCAACCAAAAAAAUUGAUGAUUCUACUUUAAAACAAUUAUUUUUAUCCUUCUUUAUGGCAGAAAAAUCUAAACAACCUGAAAUUGCUAUUGUUAUGGCUAAAAUAUUGGGGUAUAGUCAAGAGGUUUUGUUAGCUUUUUUUGAUUUUUUAAAAAUAUUUCUUUGA